ACCGGAACCAUCAAAGAAUAUGCCUUUUUUUCUUCCCUCAAUCAAGUAAAACAACCAUAUCACUUCUUUCUUCGAACUCGUCAACAUCCAUGGUACCACUCAAAGUUAUUUGCGCAGGCUUUGGCCGUACAGGAACAGACAGUUUACGAUUAGCGCUGAAUCACUUAGGGUACAACACACACCAUAUGUACGUCAUGAUGAAUAACGAAGGAGAGCAAGAUCCGGAAGCCUUCGAAGAUGCUUAUAGACAUCCAGAACGUGAGGUGGAUUGGGAUAAACUUUACGCCGGGUUCAGUGCAGCUGCAGACUGGCCAACGAUCGCGUUCAUCGAACCGUUGAUGAAAAAAUAUCCAGACGCCAAAGUAAUUCUCACUGUCCGCGAUCCAGAAGACUGUUUAAUAAAUACGGUUGUACUUGAUGGCGCCUUUGCCGAUCCAAAGCAGUUUUUAGACAAAGGAGCAAUGAAAGCUAAAUUUCUUGCUCAUAACAAGCGGAUUCAAGAAACCAUUCCCGCCGAUAGUCUAUUGGUCAUGCAAGUCGGGGAAGGAUGGAAUCGCCUCUGUCAAUUUCUAAAUAAGCCAGUUCCUGAUAUUCCUUAUCCGCGUACCAACUCCACUGAUGACAUUGCUCGAGCGAGGCGACAGCUUCGAUAA